AUUCUUAACUCCUGAAUGUAUUUGUGUUACUUUUUUUACAGUGCGCUGGUUCUGGUAUAUUUUAGAGCCGACUGGGCACCCCAAUGUCAUGUUAUGGACGAUGUUGUUAUGGAACUAGCCAACCGAUUUGUGCAAGCAUUGUUUGUAAAGGUUGAAGCAGAAAGUGUUGCAGAAGUUUCUCACCGAUAUGGAAUUGCAGCAGUCCCCUCGUUUGUUUUUAUUAAGAAUAAGCAGAAGAUAGAUUCACUGGAUGGCGCAAAUCCACCGGAAUUAACAAAGAAAGUUCAACAUCAUGUGGGAAAUACUGCUAGUCCUGCACCGCCAGCUCCAGAAAAACAAACAGCAGAGGAUCUGAACAAGAAGUUGAAGACACUGAUAAGUUCUCAGCAAUGUAUGGUCUUCAUAAAGGGCUCACCACAGGAACCUAGGUGUGGAUUCAGCAAACAACUGGUUCAAAUCUUCACUGAAUCCAAUAUCCAGUUCAGUAGUUUUAAUAUUCUGACAGAUGACACAGUAAGACAAGGUUUAAAGAAGUACUCUGAUUGGCCCACCUACCCACAGAUUUAUCUUAAAGGCGAGCUUAUUGGUGGAUUAGAUAUUAUUAAGGAAAUGAAAGAAUCAGGUGAUUUGGAUUCUACUUUCCCUAAAGUAGAAAAUAUAGAUGACAGGUUGCGUACUUUAGUCAGUCGUAGCCCGGUAAUGGUAUUUAUGAAAGGAGAACCAGAGGCACCUCGUUGUGGUUUCAGUAGAACGUUAAUAUCUAUUCUAAAGGAGAAUGGAGUUCAAUUUGACUCAUUUGAUAUACUCACUGAUAAUGAUGUGCGGCAAGGAUUGAAGAAAUAUUCUAAUUGGCCAACAUACCCGCAAGUCUAUGUAAAAGGCGAUCUCAUUGGUGGUUUGGAUAUCAUUAAGGAGCUGAAUGAAAAUGGUGAAUUGUUGGAUACCCUUGAAAGUUGAUAAUCUCAACUAUAAACUUGUCCUAUAAAAUGAAAACAGUGAUCCUGCCAAUUGCAGGCUCCCAAGUCUCGAGAGUCUCUUGAGAAAUCGGUGCGGCCUUCCUCACUCCCACAAACAAGCAAGAAUCACACGGAAACUAACCGACCUCUCGCAAAUUUUUUUAUAUCUGUCUCGCGCAAGUCAGUGUCGAUGGGAUAUUUCCAUGCACACCAAAAGUUAAUUAGAUUAUUAAUUAAGAGAGCUCUAACAUAGAACAAACGUUACUCCGACGAAUAAAGAAAGGGAGGCCAUGUCCUUGGGACCCCUGAAAUUGUGUCAUAUCUGCUAGUAUUGUAUUCUAAGUAUUUAAAUGCUGAUUGUGUUUUACAUUAUAGAUAAACAUAAUCCAAACUAGUACAUAUUGGGAAAGGUUGUGGACCUUAUUAUUCACAUAUUCAACUUUCAUACAAUAUAUAUUAUUUAAAGGAUUUACAACAGUUAGGCCCUAUGUAUGGUAUUUGUUUAAACUACUUACAGUAUAGAGGGUUAUCCAUUUUCCAUAAUUUUAACAAGAGUACAAAACAUAUUCUUGAUGGAAGGCGGUUAACAGUGUAUGUACUGUUGAUAAUGAAAAGAUGAUAAUCUCACAAUUAUGACAACCAUCAUUUGAUUACAGUAUGUACUUUUCUGGAGUAAGGAGGAGUAACAAUAAAAAAUAAUUUUUGUUUUGUACUGUCUUGAAAGUUUAAGGAAAAAUCGAAAUUUCUUAAAGUGUAUAAUAAACUAAGGAUUUAAUUCUCUUUAUAUAACACAUUAAUUUUGAACUAGAAAACCCUUGCAGAUGUCUAAGCAGGGCACGCAUUGUGUAGGCCCUGCUUUCUCAAACUAUGGGUUGCUACCCAAAGUUGGGUCGCCAAACACUUCCGGGGGUAGCAAGUCUGCUUCGGACAUUAAAAUUGACUGACUUUGAUAAAGUGCAUUUCGAUAAUUAGUGGAAAAUACUGUAAGUGAUCGAAUAAGCAUCACAGCAGCUUAUUUGAGAGCAGCGCUAAUGAAGUAAUACUGGCGUGGCGCUUUCCAUGUCCAUUCAAAUGUGUAUACCAUCUCACUUAUUUCCUAUCAUAGUUGGUUCAUCGUAAAUAUAGUAUACGUUUAUAAAGAAAUGUUU